GAAUUUGGACGGAAAAUGUGAUUUUGAAAAAGCCGUGUUAAAAAUUAUAAGUCAAACGAAGAGUUCCGCGGGAAGAAUUAAGAUAAAAUGACACAGACGUUGGACAAAACAAGUAUAUAUACUUACCUACAAUAUAUUAUUAUAAUCAAUGAACCUACUAUACGUAUGCCUAGACUAUAAGAUGUAAUUAUUAUAUUGAUCCGUUAUUUUCAGGUUUGCGUCGUAACCAUUAUAAUAUGUGCAUUAUUUUGCGACCAUAAUACAGUUUAGUUUAAAUUAUUGAAAAAAAAAAAAGAGAAAAAAAUAGACGCGUGUCGUAGAUAUUAAUAGAGUUAUGUAUUAUUUAUUUGAACGUGUGAAUAUUAUCCGCGGUUAAUAUUGUAAUCUAUCGCGCCGCGAGUAUCCGAAAAAUUACCAAUUAUAAUGUUAUUAGGUAGGUAGAUAUAUUAUGUUAUCGAUCAACAACAACACUGCAACGUGACCGUAUUCGAGAGAAAAAAAAAAAGUACUUCAUCGAGGUUUUUGACCCUUAUAUACGACCUUCCGAAUGUCCACCUUCGUGUGCAACUAGUCCAGGGACAUCGGGUAUAACGAAUUAUGGAAAUAUUAGAUAAAUAUCUCUUUUAUAUAUAUAUACAUAUACAUACGUACAUACACGUGUAUACAUAUAGGUAUAAUAUUUUAUACAAUUACCAAUGUGCCAAAAUAAUAAAAAUAUUGUACAUGCACACACACUGCGCUCGGAAUUUCUCAAAAGAAGCGCGUUACACUAUUUUGACAAAUCGGUUUAUUUUUUAUUUUUUUUGUAACUGUAUCGUUAGGUAGAUAGGAUAUUAAAUUGCGAACAAUUUCCUUAUGAGGAAGUUUUCUUUUUUUCAAAUCUACAUACAAAAUAGUUUACAUUAUGUAUAUAUAUAUAUAUAUAUAUACAUAUAUAUAUUUAUAAAAAGACAAUUUAGGGAAAUUAGACAUCCUCCUCCCACCCGCUAUAUCCUCCUUUCGUGUAAAUACGCCUCCGGUUUGAAUAAAACACUGUACGAUAGUUGGUCGUCUCCUUAUAGAUGUAUAAUAAUAUUAUGUGCUAUUUUCUAACGGCACCCGCGAGUAAUGGGCUUUUGGCACGUUUCUAAGACGACGGAAAAGCACUUGUACUAUAUUAUUAUGUAAGAAACGAUAUAACCAGUAAUUUAUUUAUGUUUUUUUAAGUUUUUAAAAUUAGCGCGAGGUAUUUUUCUUUCAUUUCGAUUAUCUCACACGACGCGAGAGAACUCGAUUUUGAUUUUAAACUAUUACAGUAUUAUAUAGGUAUAAUACCUGUACACCUAAUUUAUUAUUAUUUUAGUAUACAGGCUUGUAAUUUUUAUUUUUAUUACUUUUUUUAUUCCGUAAAUUGCGUUACGUAAAUUUAUAUUACUCACAAUGUAGGUACUCGGGUAUUAUGUUAUUUCAAUUUAUCGCAUACAUAGUAAUAACAUCAUUUUUUUAUUAUCAUUAUAGAUGUAGAUAUCGAAUAAUAAUUAAAAAGUUGCUAAACGUAUAGCGUUCAGUAAACGCGACUUUAUUUUUAAUAUUAGAACGAAUUGAUCCAUCGUCUAACUUAAAGAUACAAAAACAUCAUCUGCGUUUAUACGUUGGUUUUUAUCUGAUAUAUUUAAAUUUUUUUAGUAAGUUCAUAAACGAAGACUGGAGGACUAAGUGACUUCUAUCCCCCCCCAAAAAAAAAAAAAAAACAAUUAUUUUAACCCUGAAAUUAGAAUUACUUUGUAUGGCUUAUUACAUUUUUAUUUGUGACAACGAAUACAAAUACAACACCUAUAAUAUUACAUUUUUUUUUUUUACUCAUCAUUAACACCCCUCUCCCCCUAAAAUUCAAUCAAAUCUCUGUCUAUGAAUUAGCUUUUUUAAAUGUUAAUAUUUCACUUAUGUAUACAUCUAGUUUAAAAAUAAAAAUUGUAUAUACAAUCACCAGUGGUAUAUCUAGGUGGGGGAUUUGAAGAAGUUUAACCCCCCUCCCGCCGAAAUGUCAGGAUAUCUUAAAUUACUGUUUUAAAUACAUAGUAUAACAUACUGUAAUAAACUAUUUGUUUGCAUAAGGUUAGUAGGAGGACUGGGAAGUAAUAAAGGCUAUGUUUUAUCUCACUUUCUCGAAAAAGGUCUUGUAGUAGAAAAUAUAUAAAACGUAAAAUAAAAUAUAAAGUAAACGUGAACUAAUUCGUGUUUAUCAUUUAAUCAAUCAGGUAACUGCACAAUUCAUUUUGAAAGAAGCGGUUAAGAUUUUUCAUGUUGAGCCAUUCAUGUUUUGUUACUCUGUACAAAAAUAUUUUUAAAUGUUCCUGACAUUUCAGGGGGACGUGAGCCCCUAAGUCCCCCUUGUGCACUCACCUGCAGCCAGUAAUUAUACGUAUGCAACAAAUAUAAAGCGAUUAUUAAAACUCGAAUAACAUAGCUAGAAGAAACGAAGGAGGAGUGAGAGGGGAUGGGGAUGAGGAGUGGGGGAAAAGUAACAAAGUGCGUAAAGUUCAUUGUAUUCGAACGCGAUGUCGUUUAUUUGAUGUGCAAGCGCGAUAGCUGACUACUAUAAUUUAUAUUAUACGAAUAACCUUGGCCCGGUUGUUUGGAGUCGACGGUUGGAAGCGUCGUAGUCGUUGUCUUAUAAUAUUAUUGCAAUGUUGUAACAGAACUUUAGUAGAUAUCUAUAUAAUGUUAUUAUAAGUGAAAAAAAAAGUUUUUUUUUAGUUUCGUCGACACAUUGUAUUAAGUAGGUAUAUUAUUGUUAUCGGAUAGUACAAUAUUAUAUUUUCGUCUGGGCGUGCAGCCCCCGCGCGAUUGAUAAGAAGUGCCUCAUAUUGUCCCUCCCCCACCACCACAACCGAUUUUUCUGUAUGCGAUAAAAAAAUGUUAUCGUCGCGUCCUAAAUAAUAUUCAACACGAGUAUAAACAAUAUAUAAUAAUAUGCAAAACACUUAUUAGCGCCGUGCACGCACUCGAUAUUAUUUUAUUUUAUUUUUUUCUAAUUCUUUACACGAUAAUAUUAUUCUAAAACGAUUCGACAAACGUGCACGGUGUAUACUUAAUGAAUACUUACGGUACACACACUAUAGUAUAAAUAUAUUUUUAUAAACUUCAGAUUCGGUGACCCAUCAGUUUUCAUUCAUUCAUAUAUAAUAUUAUUUAUUAUAAUACGAUAUGAACGUUAUUUUGGUCAAUGCUAAACGAUACGAUAAUAAUAGUAAUUGUUUUCGCGGUAGAUGAUUUUUAUUUUGUUACUUUAUUAUAUAUUUUUUUUUACUACUACUUCUACUAUUACUAUUUACUACUUUUAAUCUUUCUCUCUCUAUAUAUAUAUAUAUAUAUACAAGAAGGAUGUCGACGUCACAACCUCUAAAUGAUAGUGGGUAAAAUGUAUAUAAUGUUAUUAUAUAGGUAUCUGGUAUAUACCUAGGUACAUUAUACAGCUCGAACGGUGCUGGAAUUAAUUAUUGGGCCGGUAUGGUUCAAGGCAGAUUGAAGCUUCAAGGACCUAUUUAUUGUGACAACCGCCUAUAGUGUAGUAGAACUAUUGUUCGGGGCUUUUUUUUUUCUGUCUCUACAACGUGCAUGCCAAAUAAACAAAACAUAGAAACAAUAUAUUAUUAUUAUAAUAUGCCGCGAUGUUGUGUUUUCGUAACGGUUUUCGAUAUACCUAUAUAAUACAUACAUGGAGUGUAUAUACUACCUUUGUUAUAAAAAAACUGCUAAAACGUCCAAAUCGGGUACUCAUAUGUAUAAUAUGUAUUUUGAAUUGAACUUAAAUUUUAAAUGUAGUAUCGAGGGUUAUACAAUUUCCGAAACAUUUUAAUGUUAUAGUUGUUUUAUUUAGCAAAUUGAAUUAACAAUGAGCAUACCGGUGUAUUAUAAUAAUCACGUUCCCUUCGUUAUUGAUACCACCGUGUCAUUAUAUGAAUCGCAACAAUAUUUGAAAAUAAAUUAUAUUAUUAUAAUGUACCAACAAUGUUUUUGGUUCUAUUAGUUUUACUAAAAGGUGUGUGUGUGUGUGUUUUUUUUCUCGGAAAACACUUUUUCGAUUGAUAAAAAUGCUCCGAUUUUUCCAUGCCAACCUUAAAAGAUGGGCGGCAUUUAAUUCAAAACAUUUAUCGGUAUGUUAAGCAGUUUAUUCCGUUUAUAGUUUCCUUUUUUUGUUUUUUGAUGUUUGUUCAUUUCUGGAUUCUCUUGGCAACGCAAAACGUAUAGGGAUACCUGUGUGUAUAGGUAUUGAAUAUUGGAAUAAUUGAAUAAUUUGCGAAUUGCGUGGUUUCUGAGCUUUUCACGAAAAAAAAAAAAAAUAAUAAAAAACCGUAAAACGAAACCUGUUUAAAUAUCACACCGUUGGUUAUAAUAUGUCUGAAAUAAUUUCCGAAUCAUUUUGUUUCGUCAUACUUAUAUUAGUGAAUUAUUAAUUCGUUAAAUAUUAAUUUAACGAAGUAUAAAAAUGAUGUCAUUUUUCAAAUCGAAAAAACCUACAGCACCAACUAUGUGCCUAAUGUCGUCGCCUUAGAAAAUUAUGCAUUUCGUUUUAUUUACGUUGUUAUUUUAUUUCGCGAAAACAACAAUGCAUAUUAUAUAGGUAAUAAUUGACACACUUUUAACAAGUGUGUGUGUGUGUGUGUGUGUGUGUGAGCGCGUAUUUACAAUAAUAAGAAAUAAUAAGCAGUAUAGUACAUAAUAGUAUUUAUUCUGUUAUCGUCGAACGAUAUUAUUAUUAUUAUUACAACAAUUUAUUAUAUUAUUACGCAGGUAAUAUGUAUUCUAGAAAACGAAUAGCGAAAAAAUCGAUUUUUUUGAAAUAUAGGUACACAUGUAUGUAUUUCAACUUUUGCGGAACGAAAUUUCAUUGAACCCGUGCGACAUAUUUUAUAACGUCGGUGUACCUGUAUAGAGUGUGUGAUAUUUUUCUAACGCGUGCAGAGUUUUAGGUGUAGCCUGAUGUAUUGCAAUGUUUCGAGCAAUUAGCGCGUCGGUGUUAAUAAAAACGUUUACGUCUUUUAGCGAAUAUCGUUAUUACGUGUCGUAUAUACCUAUUACCGUACAUGCGUAAUGGUGUUCACUUACACGCGCGAUACGUCACAUUGCCUACAGCUAUUAUAUUCGUACGUAUUUAGUAGUAAAAAUCGUAAAAAUUUCGGUUAUGUCACUUUUGUUAUCCGCGUAAUGCAUGUGUAUGUGUAUACUGUGCGUCGCCUCUUCGAAACAAAACUAUACAGGUACCUAUAUAUGCGUGAUCUCGACGAGAGAUGACGUCGCCAAUCCAAUCGCGCUGGCUUUUUUAUUUUUUUUUUCCUAUCUUAAAUACGUCGGUAUAAUCGUUGUCAAUACACAUGGACGAUGAUGGGAGGGGGAGAGAGCCGGGGGGGGCUGCCUUUACACCGAUCGAACGGGCCGUUUUCGACGGAGAAUCGUUUUUGUUCUCCCGCUCCGCCGUUAAUACGCUGACGACGUAUUACUGCGUGUAUGUAUGCGUUUUGAUAAUAGAGGGGAAAAAAAAAUCACCGUCGUCGUCAUUAUCUUGUACGCUAUAAAUACCAGAUAGAAAAAUAUUAUAAUGGGAAUCUUUCACUCCGGUAUAAUACUACAAUAUUAUUAUAUACGAACCGUUUGGAAAACGACAACGACGACGGCCAAACUAAUUACGGCCAUUGAUUAUAAAUAUUAUUAUAUUACCAAACGCGUUUUUUUUUUUUUUUUUUUUUUAAUCUUUGCGGACUGGAGUGGGGCGAAUAAUAUCGCGUGAAACGACCUUUGCACUAAACCGAGAUCUCGGUCGCCGGGUCGUUGGCCGGCCGACAACGGGUGCGAGGUUUUUGCCGCCCGUUUCGCCUUGAACUCGUUUCCGAUGAUAGGCAGCCAGUCGGUUUAUAAUAUAAUAUUAUAUUAUAUAUAUAUUUUAUUUUAUUUUCGCUCUUAUCGCUCUCAAACCAGACUAAAAACGCGCGUCGAACCAACUUGUAACGCCAAUAAUAAUUAUAAUAAUAAUAAUAAUAAUAAUGAAAAAAAAAACAUAAUACAUAAUCGUAUAAUAAACAUUGCUUAAUUUUUUUCCCAUACAUUGACAGACUUUAUUAUUAUAUUAUUAUUAUUAUUAUUGACUCGCUUAUCUUUAUUAUUAUAACAUUAUGGAUACUGAUACUGCUCCGUACAAUCCUGAUCCUGAGUCGGAAUGCAUUUUUUUUUUUUUUAUUAAAUUUUCACAUAAUAACCAAAGGGCGCCCAUUAAAAAACCUAUUGAAUACGCGCACGCGGUUAUAUGCUCGAAAACACUUAACGAAAAAACGUUUUUAAAAAAUAAAUAGUAAUAAUUGAAAAUUCUAACAUUUUGUUUUAUUAUUAGCGGCGGCGCGAUGUUCUACAGUAUUGUUUAUUCUACAGCCCGGAAAACAAAAAAUGUUCCGGAUUAUUUGAUUUAUAUAAAUCUCGCAUCGAUUAUAACUUUGACGGCCCAUCUAAACGAAACGAAUGAUUUUUCUCGUCGUACGAACUCGGGUGCUUCAAUAAAGCGUAAUCGUUUUUGUGAAAACAAAUUACUAUGAUUAUAAGGAACAAUGGAAUUAUAUAAGGUGAACUCAAUAAAAUCAAUAAAAUCCCGAAAUAUGUACGCACAAUAAAUUUCUUAUGUAUAGAAUAUCGUUUUAGAUCGAGAGACAUAGCGUAAAUUUUUUUUUUUUUUUUUGUCCGCCUAUCUAUAAAAAUGUGUAAAAGCGUUAUAAUAUCUGCCCAACCGAUAGUAAAACGGCGAUGCGAAAAAAUGGCCAAUAUCCCGCCGCCGUUACGUGCAGACGUCACUUGUUAUUAUUUUGUCCGUGACAUUAUGUUUAUAAUGAGGGGCCAAAAAAAAAAAACCCGAAAAAUAAAACAACCGUGUUGGGUAAUCCGCGUAUUUGUUAAUGUGCUACACGAGCAAAUUCGCGUAAUAUUCAACUGAAUACGCGACGCUAAACCCGGGUCACUAUAUUUUUGUUCUACACAUUUUUUUUUGUUUUUCCACUCGAUAACAAUGACCAAAUCAUUUGUAAUAAUAUGUUUGACGGUACGUUACGAUGGUAUUGCUUGUGCGCUCGCCGCCAUCGUCGCUAAAUAUAAAUAAUCGAUGUUGUUGAUAUUAUGAUUUACGAAAAUAAAAAAUAAAAACUAUGUGUCAGAAAAGCGAUUAUUUUUCUUUUACAUGCCGUUCUUUAUUUUUUUUUUUUUUUUUCAAAACCUUGACGGUGCGGCGACGAUUGUUGUGAAUUUUCGACCGAGUGACUACACUAUAAUAUGUACUCGAAAAUUUGUGUACAACAAAUAAAAAAACCGCAACCAAAAACAUCUUACGUUAUUAUUAUGUGUAUGAGUAGAACGCGCGCAAACCGGAAUCGUACAUCCGGGCGUGUCUAUUCAAUAAAAGAAAAGUAAAAAAAAAAAAAUCUAUUCGCGGAAACGGUCGACGAGCGAGAUUUUAUACAUGAGCUGUAUUCGUAGGAUUCGACGAUAAUUUCCUAUAAUACGAGUACACAAUGCGGCGGUUUCGAGGCAAAAGAGCCCAAAAGACACUUAAGAUCUAAGGGAAGAAGGCGUAAACCAGGCGCUAUUGUCCGGACCAACUGGUACUUCGGCGUGACCGUUUUAUAACGAACGGUUAUUGAUGUUUUACAUCUGAGACAUAAAGAACAGUGCGUAAAAUGAUUGCCUUUUUAGAUCACGGGUCCAAGGGUCGUUUUUAAAGACUAAACGCCAAUAGUAUAUACUAGUGCUGAGCAAUAUUUUCACCGAUUCGGACUUAGAUUAAUCCGUUAAUUUUUUUUAAAUGGGCUAGGCAUUAAAAACGUAUAGAAACUAGAUAGCAGAUGUUAUCAUCGAACGAGACAACUUGAAACGGUUAAACGGAUUACGGAUAUUAUAUUAUGUUAAUUGAUAAACGAUUUAUGUUAUAAUCCGGAUUAAACUGAUUGUAUAACGUUUGUGUGAAUUCUGAUCCGUAAUCCAGAUUUGGAUUGAUCCGGAUUUGAUGCUCUACACUAGAUAUUAUGCAGUGUCUAUACGCGGAUUCGCCCAAAAGCCCGUCGCCCGUUGCAGGGCGCAUUGGAAACUGUCGCCAAUCCCACCGGUAUACGCCACGUGUGUAUAAAUAUUAAACACUAUAGGUUAUAAUAAAUUAUAAUAUUAAUAUAAUAAUAUGCGAAUGUGUGUCACCAUCGCGUUGUUGGCCGAAAAACGACUAAUACGAACGCAGAGCCGAACAAUCUUCCAAACGGGCAAACGGGCGUUCUAUUUUCGUAUGGAUCGCGGAGAGCUUUUGGCUUGUGUCGCAUUCGUACAUUUGAUACCGCGCGCCGACACAUAAUUAUUUGUAAUAGGCACGCCGCCGCCGUUGUCGUCGGAAUAAUAUUACAAUAUAAUAAUAAUAAUAAUAAUUAUGUAUCGUGACGAUAAUGUCGUGUAUAAAUGUAAAAUUCGUGAACGUGAACUUGUAAUCGAUCAUGCAACAAAUAUUAUCCUGCGAAUUUAAUGCGUUGGAAAAUCUUAAGAAAAAAAAAAGUAACAAUUGCAAAUCGAACAAGCACCCGCGGACAAAGGGCUCCGUUACUGCUCGUAUAUAGGUCGAUUUUAUUUUUUUGUCUCUAUAAAGGACUUUUCUGCUGAGAAAUCUUGGUUGAAUCGAAAACGUUUAUAGGAACUCUUUUUGUAGGUAGCGUUUUCGGUGCAGUCGGUGCGUUAUGGGGGAGAUCGUUUUUCGAUUUUCCUUGCAGUUUUCGUAAUAAACGGCGAAAACCGGCAAUUUUUUUCUAUAAUUCUCGUUGAAUUCCGAGUUACCUAGGAAACAAGGCCGAAAAAACUACGGCUAUAUAAUGCUCUGCUCAGAAUCGUUUUUCGUUAGACACGAUUUAUCGUUGCGUGUAUAAUACACUGAUAUAAAUUGAAUUGCUUUACACAUACAUAUACAUAAUAUAUCCUCCCUUCCGACUUUCCUCCGGAAACAGCGGUACGGCCAUCAGCAGUAUGAACAUUUAAAACAUAAUAAUAUUAUACUUUAUAUUUUUUUCAUUUUUUUUUCCCCCCGGAUUUUUCAUCAAUGUGGAUUCGCGUUAAUUAUAACACGUAUACGGUACGACGAGAACGUAUUUUAGAGGAGGAUUUAUAUUACAAUAUCUAUUAUACGAACUUAAAUGAAUAAUCGGGGUUUUUUUUUUUUUUUUUAUCGCGUUUUAUUCAUUAUCGUACACGAUGCGUGCGUUUAAAUCAGCUGUUACGCAGGUACAUUCAAUAAUAUUAUACACGAUUAUUAUUACUGUAAGCCUCGGUCAUGUGUCAAGUGGGCGCCGGGCACUCGGUAAUACAGACUCUCAUUCGGACGAGAAAACCGUAUCGACGAAUCCGGUAUUUUACAUGACGUCAUAUUGCUAGUAUAUUUAAUAACGUUCGAACGUUCGGAAAACAAAUUCGACCUACAUAAUAAUAAUAUUAUUAUUUUAAAAUCAUAAAACGUUUCAGAUUGAUGUUAUUUGCCGGUUUAUUUUUUGCGUUUUAUACACGGCUAAUGAUCCUAUACAUUAUAAUAUGCACUCGUCGUGUAUCGUCGUAGUUGUAUUACGUUUUUAUUUUCUUCUAUCAACGUUAUUGCGUUCGAUAAUUUUUCGAUUCCAAGCUCGUAUAGUACAGUGUGAAUGUAUACCUUUAUAUUAUGUGCGCUUGUUUUUUCGCAUCAGAAAAAAAAAAAAUUCAAGACGCAGUGCGUUAGGGAAAUUAUUUUUCGAUUUUUCUUGCAAUUUUAUAAAUACAAUGGAGGAAAAUACAAGAAUAUUUACGCACGAUUUACGGUUUUUGAGACUUGGAAUUUUCACCGAAUUAUCAGUUUAUCGUAUACUUUAGAGACGGUUUUUUUUUUUUUUUAGUUUUAUGCAAAUAAAAAUAUAAAAUUUAUUUUUUAGAUUUUAUCAGCAUUUAAGUUUAGAUUUAUGUUGUAAUCUAUUAAAAAACGAACGGUCAUAAUUUGUUUUAUAAUAAUUACAAAUUAAUAGAAAAUUAAUUAAAAUUGUUUCGGACAUAUUUAGCCGAACUUCGCUCAGAAUAGUUUUCCGUUUGCAAUAAUUUAUCGUUGCGUUCAGACAAUAUAGGUACUCUGAAUAACCAUAUAAUGUAUAUAUAUAUAUUCAUAUACCCAAGGCCACAUUAAUAGGGGUCCAAUGAACUCCGGGGCCGAACUUCAAGGAUUUGAAAACUGGCCUUUUUUUAAAAAGUGAAUUAAACAGAUGCAUUUUUGUAGAUACUUUAAAAAUUCUAAACGAAAAUUGUUCGCAUGUACACAUAAUAAUGUCGGCACAACGGAAUCUUUACAUCCGCGGGGACGUUCCCUCCCUUCCCCCUCCCCAUAAUCCGGAUUCGUAUAUUUAUCCAGACUUCCCGACUUCCCGUACACAGCAGUGACACGAACAUACGUGUGCGGAUAUUAUUUUUAUUUUCUAUGCGCAGCAAUUUCUUUUUCCGCGGUCUUUCGACGUUCUGUUUUCGAAAAAGACGCGAGGAAAGUCAAUAACAGCUGCCGCAAGUGUAUUAGCCGGUCCGUAUCAAUAGCCCAGCGAUACGCGCGCGCGCGUGUACACAACAAUAAUGAUAAUAAAGGACUAUAAUAAUACUACGUAAUUUAAUAGAAGGACGUUCGGACAAAACAAAACCUCCAAGACUCGAUACGGUCCGGCGCGUAAAGAAUGCCUAGAAAUAAAACGUUGACUGUGUCGCGUAGUAAAUAGUUAAACCGUAGUAUAAAUAUCAUAACCGCGAUUGAACAUAAUCAUUACGACUAAGUGUAUAUUAUAAUAUUAUGUACUGUACGAGCACACAAUAAAAUCUCUCUGAGAAAAUAUCGCGAGAGUUAAUGUCCCGGACGAGCGGCACAGAAAUGAUCGCAAACGGUUCCGUCCCUAUUGAAACCGCGCGCGGCUCAGAAAAUGUAGAAAGUAAACGCGUGCUCGGGGUGCUUUUCGGGUCGACGAUUCGACCGCGCAAGUAGGUAACAGCAGUGCUGACGGUAUUGCCGGUACUAGAAAAAACCGAAACUCUCAUUCCGAUAGUUUUUGCGAAGUAGGUUUUUUUUUUUUUUCUUUUCCGUGCAGACCAUUACGAUUCGUUGGCUCUGCGGACGAUAUCGCGAGGUUGACGCCGCAGCGGCAGAGUCCGUUGGCUUUCCGUGACCGCGGGAUUUCGGGUUAACCGUCACGCCGCGAAACCGACGGCGUAAUCGACGACGAGCGUUGCAUAAAUACUUGAAAAUAAUAAUCACACGUCUUUGGGGCCCGAUAACAGUUCGGGUUGCGGGGCGAAAGACGAUGCGCGACUGCCGAUACGGUUCGACGACAACAACAACAACAACAACAAUUGAAAAUAACAACACAAUAUUACAAUACGGGGAACCGGCAUCGUCGUUCGCCGUUACGGCGUAAUAAUUAUUGUUAUGAUAACGCGUUUAGCGGACGGGCCGAAAAUCUCGUGCGCCGUCCGCACGAUUAUUUUUCGUGUUUGUAGUAUAGCGCACACACUCGCACGCAAUACGCGUUAUAAAUAUUGCGCGAUCGCGGAGAUGUUUCGCGGCCGUACGCGGGCACAAUAAAUAUUAACGCGUAGUUGACUGGGGCGGAUUCGCAGCCAGGUAUCGCAGGGGGUCGUGGACCGUUAUCGCGUGCAACGUGUUAACGGUGACGUAACAACAACGCCGGGCCGGUGAUCGCAGCGCGUAUUCCGCUGCGCCGGGCCGCGCCGGAUCGUGACAUUAUUGCGGAUCGGUCGCCGCGUUUUCUACUGGUGUUCCUCGCAGUGUCGUGAACGCACAAUUGUUUUCGCACGCGGCCGAAAGAACAGCGUCGCCGACGCGUCGCUUUGCGACUGUUGUUGUCGUGACGUUACGUAUCCGUCCCGUGAAAAAAAAAAAAAAAAAACAAAAACGCCGUAAUAUAGUACCCGUGUACGGAUAAGAUUUUCGAAUUUAUUUUUUUUUUUCUUUCUAAUUUUUGUAAUUCUAAUUCAAUUAUUAUCACGGAUAUCCCAGUCUGGGAGACGGUUUUCGGUAUUGCCGCGGUAAGCGCGCAUGAUGUGCAGUAUCUUACACAAUAAACGGGACGACCUUUAUUAAUAUUACGCGCAACAACAACAACAACAACAAUAACAACACCACCACAGCGUCGGCGAUUCUGUAACGCGACGAGGGAUGAAAUCGGAGGGAUGACGCCGACGUUACGUACGCGCGUGCGACGACGAGGGGUGGGUAGGUAGGUAGGUAGGUAAGUAGGUAGAUAUAGGUGCGUGUGUUUUGACGACGUUUAAAAUAUACGGCGGCGGCCGCGGCGGCAGCCGAACGGGUGGGCGAACUCGCGCUGCGCUGACCUACUUACCGCGGCACAGGUUACCGACCUCUUCCCUCUUCGUUUACACCGGCGGCUACGGCGGCCCCACUUAUAACCUUCACGCGAUACACACCGUCGUAGUCAUUCGCCGGCAGUGGCCUCAUCUACCAUUGGCCGUAAGCGCGCGUCCCACCGAAAAAAAAAAAAAAAAAAAAAAAAAAAAACACCGUUCGUUUUGCAUUAAACAGACAGAUUGCACAAGCCUCCUCCUCCGCCGCCGCCGCCGCCGCGUGUGUACACUACUAUUAUUAUUGUACGCUCGUAUUAUAUUAUUAUUAUAUAUAUAUAUUUUUUUUUUCUUUCUCGCUUUUCUCUACCGCCGCCGCCGCCAUAACAGCUCAUUCCCGAGCCGAUCGCCGUCGAUCGUUACCGGCCGGCCGCACAUUAGUCCGUAAUAGUCGCGUACGUUCGCGUCGUCCGCGUCUUCGCCGCCGAUCGUAACCGCGUUUCCCGCGAGCGCUUUAAUUCGGUCCGCGCAUUGUCGCCCCGUUAUUGUAUUGUUGUUGUUGUUGUCGGUGACCGCGAACCGGCACUCUUAUCGUAUGGGCAAAAUUUGAUUAUUUUCGGGAAAAAAAAAAAAAAAAACACCAAUUUAUAAUAUACAACACAUAUAAUAAUAGAAUAUUAUACAUAUAUAUAUAUAUAAGGCGGUCGCGUUAUCCUUGGAUAACCGGCGUAGUCUUAAGCCGUCGUCGUAGCAGUAGUCGCCGACUUCGCAGCGGUUGGGCGUUACCCCGUUAGCGGUGGAGACGGAGAGAGAGCGACAGGGCGUGGGAGAGGGAGCGAGCGAUGCGGUGACGCGCGGGUGUUUCGCGCCGCGGGGCGUGCUCGCGCUCGUGUGACAAAAGAUUGAAGAGAAAGUGACAGUGUUCGCCCGGAGACCGAACGAGCGCGGUGUCGGUGCACGGAUCGGAAUUCUCUCCCACACGCGCGAGUCAGAGUCCGUAAAACAUGAAUUUUUUUUACUUUCCGCGCUACGACGACGUUACGGGGCACAUUUUUUUCCUGCGCCCAUGCGUUACGUAAAAACGGCCGCUGCAUUCGAAUCAACAUCCGGCGCCGAAGAAUAUAAUAACAAUAAUAAUAAUAAUCAUUUUUUUUUUUCUUGCGAGCUAAUAAUAACAAUUUUGCGUAUACGUGCUUGUCCACGGUUAUAAUAUCACAUGACAAAUUGUUAGUGCGUAUCGGUCGUAAUAGUAAUGAGUCGAUAACGAUAUUUACGUGAUUUUGAAUUUUUCGUUUACCGCGUGCGUGUUUUCGGUAUAAUAAUAUCAGCAUUAUUAUUCCGUCGAAUAUACACAGUUUUUUGACCGUCGUACCGGUACGCGAAAUAUUUAUACUUUGUUUAGAAUGUUUUGUUUUGUUUUUUUUUUUUUUUUUUUCAAUACGUUUUUCUACCGUGAUUCAAUGUUAAUUUAUAAUGAUAUUGUUUGUUGAACAGGAAUUAUGACCCUAACAAGUACCCCGUGUGACCUGAGUACCAUGAGUCUGUUUCAAGACCUGAAACUGAAGAGGCGCAAAAUAGAUUCACGGUGCAGCAGUGACGGUAAGAUUUUCGAUAAAAUUGUGGAAUUUAUUAUAGUAAUUAAUAUUUUAUAAGUUGUAGUACCACAAAUCACGUGCAUCGUUUCUUCUCUUUUUCUUGUGUUUAAGGUGUAACGACCUUUAAUAUCUCCGACCAAAUAUUUCUCCAUCUAUUUCUGUCCUACGUGCUGCCUCCCUCUCUAUUGUACUCUAGAUUCCACCGUUCUUACGUCCCAAACAAUUCACAGUCCUCCCAUUUUAAGCUCCCGGAUGUAACUAAUGGUGACUAAUGGUUUUUUUUUUGGAAAUUUGAUAAUAUUAUAUCCGGAAACCGAGAAAAAAAUAUAACCUGAAUGUUAUAAUAUGUUUCCUAGCAAUUUCAACCCUAAUAUACACGGGUAUGUUUUACCGGUCAACGUGUCGGCUUAAUUCAAAAAAAAAAAAAGUUCGACAUUAUGUUGUUGUUUUUUUUAAAAAUAUUGUGUAUAUUUACAUAUGCACGACCCUUCAAAAAUAAAAGGGGGUGUAUCAUUGAUAUCUGCUGGUUAGACAUAAAUUUAAACGCUCGCGUGUCUCGUGUUGUGUUUUAUAAAAAAUAAAAUAUUUUAAGCGUUAGGUUAGGUUUUGAUUUCAUUUAAAAUCGAUUUUUUAUUUAUUUAUUCAUAUUGAAACAUUAUUAAAACCCUGUUUCGAAUACACACAUAUAUUAUAAAAAUCUAUAUCGUACGUCAUUAAACUGCGUACAUGGUUUGUGUGCAAGAUUUGUCAAUUUCAUAGGAUAUGCAGUUACUUAGGAAAUUGUCAAACCCUGCACAUACACACUGUAUAUUAUUAUGCUGAUAAGAUAUAUUAUACAUAUAGCUAAAAUGUACUCUACGAAUUUACUCUCGUUUUGCUUCGUCGUAAUUUACGCGAACAUCGUGGAUUUCUGUUGUAAAUUAAUUCAAAAAGAAAAUCAAAUAAUAACAAAUUUGUUCUCCCGUGAAUAUUAUAUCAACAUUAUUAUAAUAAUAUCAAAGCGAUUUCAUCGAAAACAUCGGUAAAUAUUGAAAAAAAAAAACGAAUAUCGAGUAUUUGUUUAAUAUUAUAAAAAUAAUCGUUUUUAAUAUGAAAAACGUUAUAAAUUAUAAUCAAACCGCAGUCGAUGGUAUUUUUUUUUCUUUAUAUAUUUUAAUGAUAAUUUAUUAUUUGUUAAACCACAAAACUGUUUGGUACCUACUGCAUGCGUUUACAAUAUUAUUAAAUUUAUACAAAUUGCUUCUGAAUGUUAUAUAAAAAAACUAAAAAAAUUUCAACGUGAUUAUAAUGAUUAUAGCGAAUUAAGUGUUUAAAAAGCAAAAUAAAAAAAUCCUUCCCUAUUAAACCGAUUAAUAAUUAUUACGAUAUCGUUAUUUUCAUCGUGAUCCGUUUAUCGAAACGUUAUAAUAAUAUUAUAAUCAAAACGUUCAAAGAGAGUCAAAUCGAUUCAGACGUAAAUUGUAUAACAUUAUAUUUAGUAAAAUCGUUAUAAUAAUAACAAUAGUUUUUUUGAAAUACGCAAUUAUCCCUAAAAAAAUUUAUUUUAUAUUGAAUCUCGCGGGACAAAAAUCCUCUGGAAAAUAUAUCCGUCCAUGAGAAAAUCAAUAAAAACAACCGAUGAAAAACCACAGCGGGUUCAGACGGACAAAGCGUCAAGGAAGGGAGAAAUGGGAGAAUCUAAUCUACCUGUUGGUCCUGGUCUACUGUUUUUCCGAGGAAGUUUUAGUAUCCUUGCAAGUAUCAUUAUAUAAUACCUAUAGGUAUGAAAAACCACUGAUUAUUAUAAACUGGGAAGAAAACGGAAUCGCAUUUUCCUCGGCUUUUAAAUAUGCUGCAUCGACGUUCAAAGAAGCAAAGAAAAUAUAAAAAAAACAAAAUGGUUUGAGGAUUUUUUUUCCCCGGGGAAAGAGGGAGGCGUGUUCCCUGUAUUUCACCCUUUUCAUUUCGAUUACCGCGCAACAUUAUUAUUUUAAUUCUUUGGUUCUAGAAGGAAGAAAAAGGCUUGAUGUUUAGCAUAUUUCUCUCAUCACCUCCUCUCAUUAUUUUAUUGUCUAAAUGGCGCUAGUGCAUGUUCUAACACACGGCAAUUAAAACCUCUCUAAUCACUACAGUGCAUUUUUUUCGUUAGGCCAAUAAGUCGUAAUAAAAUAAUAACAUGUAUAUACAGGGUGAUUUGUUUAUCACGAACCAGCAAAUAUCUCGGAGGAUUUCAAGUGAAUUCGAUUUCUGUUUUUUUCUAAUUUUUAUGAAAUCGUUUAAGCUUUAUUUUAAAACUAUUUUUAAUUUUUCACCCCUACUCUGUAUACUUUAAAUAAGUGCAUACUUUCGAUUUUCAAAUAGGAACCCCCAACUUUUGAACAUAGAUUUAAAUAGAGAAUAAUUUUCUAGAAAUGUUGAUACGCAUAACACUAAUAUCAGAUUUACCGUUUACAAAUUAUAACAAUUUACAAUUUAGACCGGAGGAGUAAAAAGGGUUCAUAGAUAGGCAAUUUAUUACCCUUCCCGUAUACAAGGCUCGAGCUUGUUUAGAACGGGCCACUUGUUAUAGCGAUUUGCAGACCGUUUGGCGAUAUUCAAAAUUCGCCGUUGUCGAAUACUAUACGUAAAAUAUUAUUCGUUUUCAAAAGUGUUGCCCGGGACCAAAGGCGUAUGUUAAUCAUAUGUAAACGUAAGUAUAGAAAAGAAGGUCCGUUACUCGAUCCCUGCAUAUAAUAUUUUAAGCGAUUCAGUCUUGAACUUUAGGUCUAAAACCAAUUGGGCUCGAGCCCCGCUGUGUAUUUUCGGUCUCUAUAUUUACGUCCACGGUACCCAAUCUCACAUGUACACCCGCAGUUGCCCGGGGGUGUCCGUCGUGGUGACGCGCAGACACAAAAUAUACGCGUGUUACAUGCGUGUCUUAUUUUAUUAUACCUAUACAAUAUAAAUCCGACGAUAAUAACGAAACGUAAACACCCACCGAUCCCUGCGGAAAAAAAUAAAAAUAAAAUCGUCGUAAUAUAUUAUAAUAAACUGGCGCACUUAACCUAGUGACCGAAACAAAUUGACACCAACCCGGAUUUCAAUAACGUUCGUGUACAUAAUAAUAAUAUAGUUUAUGUUGUUUUGACAGCGAAACGGUGUAUUGUAUAGGUAUUAUUGUAUACAUUGUAUCGUAUAUAAUACGCUCGUCUUCUUCUGCGGUUUUGUUUAGUUUUUUUUUUUUUUUUUGUACGAGAGGAUUACCGUAUACGUAACGGGGGUAUAAAUAUAACGGGGAAAAGGAUACAGGAAUACAGGUACCAAAUACAUAAAUAUGAUAUUGUACGAAAGGAAAAUGGUAGCUGCGACAUGGCGAUACCGCACGCGGUAAUAAACACGUCAGAACCGUCGAUAGGACUUAUUUCGGGUUUUCGGUAUUGUGUAGGUUCACGUGUGCCACGUUAUAAGGUCAUGGGAACCGCGACCCUUCGGCCGGUUUGUCACGGUAGUGUUUUUGUGCGUUUUUUUUCCCGUCCGGCAUCACGCGGCGUGUGUUCUGUGUUAUUCACAACGACGACGAUGGGAACUGACCUGACCUAAUUUCGUAGAUACGUAUAUAUAUAUAUAUAUAUGUAUUAUAACGUGGUUUUUAUCCCGUAUUUUUCCCGUUUAUGUUUAGUGCGUAACAAUAUGUAUCGAACCGCCACCGCAAUAUACAGCAAUACGCAGCGGCGCCUCUUUCCUAAAACCGAUUUCAGAUUCCGAACGGAGCGAGGAGCGCAUUAUACGGUUUUAUAACGAUGUUUAUUAUUAUUAUUAUUUUUUUGUUGCGAACGAUUUUUGAAAUUUCGUUCCGAUUUUCCAGUGUAGCACAAUUUUUCCGAAAGGAAAUCCGAUACUGGGAUGGAACUUUAAGGUGAUCGUUUUUUGAUUUUCCCAGCUGUUUUCAUAAUAAACGGGAAAAAACAUGAGAAAACCAAGAGAAUCUACGAAAUGUAUAAUGUUUUCAAUUUUUUGUUUUUUGUUUUGUUUUAAUUUAGUUAAACAGCGACUUGAAGUUUGGACAGAAAACUUAUAUUUCAUUUUUCUAAACGUGGUGAAAUUUUCAAAACAUUGUAGCCAUUUUUGAGCUAUUUAUAGACAUUUUAAUUUUACGGGGGUUUUUUUUUUACGUAAUAUUUGAUCAGUAGGAACUCUGUAAAUAAAAUUAAUAGACCAAACAGAAAUGCUAGAAAAUUUAACAGGAGGUUCAUAAUAGUAAAUCGUACUUUGUAAUGAAAAAAAAAAUGAGUGCAAUGUAGAAUUUUUUAUUUAUUUCUAUUUUAGUAUCAAAGUUUGACGAAAAUCGUUAUAGUAAAAAAUAUUAGUAAAGAAAUUAUAUAAUGCAUGUAUAAUUAUUUUACCAUAAUAUGAUAUGUAUUGUACCUAUAUUGUUGACAAAGCAACACUAUUAACUGAACUCCGCUCAGAAACGUUUUUCGUUAGCAAUAAUUAAUCGUUGCGCACAAGUAUAAACAUUCAAUUUCCCCUCUACUUUCUUAACUUCUCACCUACAACGAUGGGUGAGUUCUGUUGGUGCUCACCCAUCGUACGAAGUAUGUACGUUUUUUUUUUUAUAAUAAUUUACUCUCGUUUGACGCGAUAGUCUACAGUAUUAUGACUAACCAUCUAACCAUCGUAUAAUAAAAUAUACCGUUUUACGAGUACUAGGAGUGCUUUUAUUUUUAUUAUUAUUUUUUUUUUUUUUGUUCUUUCUCUGGACGGGUUUUUGCCCAGAAAAUAUUAUGCUCCGCACCGUCAUUGUCAGUUUUUAUUCCGGCGCCGACGAAUUCUGGUUGGUCAUGAUACGUUUGCGAUGUAAAUUUUCGCUAUUCUUUGCGGUUUUCUGGAAAAAUAAGGUUUAAAAAACCCGCCGGCAAAAUAGGGAUAUUUACGUUUUUGUCAAAAUCGAUAAGGUUUUUUUUUUUUUUAAUUUGACAAAAAACGACCUUUAACGUUCACCAAAUACUAAUUUAUAUGUCUUCUUGUAAACACUCGACAAUUUGAUACGAGUUAUUGGUUCUUAUUGGAGUGUUUUGAUGGAAAUAUGAUUAAAAAAAAAAAAAAUGAGCUGAUACUGUAGUUGCAUGAUCGGUGUCUGCCACUGUUGUAAGUGCAAGGAAGUCCGGGAGGAUAGAGUAAUUUAAUUUUUUUUCUGUAACAAUAAAUCGUUCUUAAUAAAGAACGAUCCUAAACGAAGUCCGGCUAAGUAUAAUUUGAAAUGCCACAAUAUUUGUUACUUUCAGAAAAAAUUUGAACGCUUAUAAAAAAAAAAUUGCAUUACGUUAAAAUAUUUACAAUGCGUUAUCGCGUAAAUUUUCUCAACGUGUUUUUUCCCGGUUUUUCCCCUUCUCGAUAACCAGACCGAAUUCACUACCUGUAGAAACCGUCUCUAAAGUCGCGUAGACGCGAUCGGUGCGAGAUUACCGGUCUAAAAGUGUCGGCAAGGACGAGGGGGGAAAAAAAAGGGAUCGGAAAUCUGAAAGUUUUAAAUUCGUUUAGUCUGUUUUAUAUAUAAAAAUAUAUAUAAAUAUAUAUAUAUAUAUAUAUAUAUAAAUAUAUAUAUAUAUAAAUAUAUAUAUAUAUAAAUAUAUAUAUAUAAAUAUAUAAAUAUAUAUAUAUAUAAAUAUAUAAAUAUAUAUAUAAAUAUAUAAAUAUUAUGAACGGGCGUUUGAAAAUCGUGUUGUAUAACCGCACCAGCCGCCUAUAUAAUAUUAUUAUAGUAUAUAACGACUCGAGUGCGUGACCUAAUAGGUGGGAAUAGUGGCGUAUGUAUAAGUUGAUAAAUAAUACAAUAUUACUUGUGUGUGUAUUAUAUAUUAUGUAUAUACCUAUACACAUACGUCCGUUUAUCUUAUCGCGGCAGUCCCGAACUAUAUAACAACGCCGCCGUACGGCGGCGUUGUAGCGUAUACCGCACUUUAGUACUUUGCACGAAACUGUACACACGUACCAUAAUAUUAUAUUAAACGGAAUGUGUAACGGUUAUUAUUCCAAUGCAUGGGUUGGACACGGGCGAUUCUUUAAAAAUGUGUUUAAUAAACGUUUUGCGUUGUGUGUUUUCAUUCCGCAGGCGAGAGCAUAGCGGACACGAGUACUUCAUCACCGGACGUCGCGGGCCCGGCAUCGCCGUCUAGCCGGUUGGACCGAUCGGAACCGUCUCCCGGUCUGAUCAUAGCCAUGGAUAGGUACGCGCACCAGAAACGACGAGACCGCGGACAGCCACAGAGCCUAUAAUAUUAUAAUGUCGUUAUGUGUAUUGCGUACACGCGUGUAGUAUAAAGCCCCGUUCACGCAGCCGACGAUUUUAUUAUUAUUAUUAUUAUUUUUUUUUUUUUUCGAAUAUUUUAGAGUGUGUCCCGAUCUCGACAAUACUUCGGAGAAACGGUUCGGAUACCGUACCGUAUACCGUAACGGUCGCAUAAUGUAAUGCUACGAGAAAUCGGUGUAUGAGCGAUCGGUCGAAUUGUAACUUAUUUAACAGUCGUUGUUUUGAAUCGCGCUACUACUCAUAUUGUUCGUGCGAUAACACGAACAAUAUGUCUGGGGGGGGGGGCAGUCGUAUCGUACCGAGUCGUUCGUUCGUUCGGCGACAACGAAACAUGUUAUCGACCCGGUAAUCGCGCGUAUUUCACCAACCCUUAAGACACGUUUGGAACGGUUCUAAAAAAAAAAAAAAAACGUCCGGAGUUUCGAUGCACGCGCGAACCCGCGGCUCAAGAGAGUGACCGGUCGCACAACUACACCAACUUAUAAUAAUACCGUUCUAUAGUACCAAGACGGAAUUCAUAUUGUUUUGUUACGAAAAAUUACGUUAUUUUGCCGGGAUAAACUUUGAAACGUUUAUAGUGAUAACGCUACGUAGGUGUACGUGUCGAGUAUGUACAUCGUGACAAUGGAUCCGCGAAUGUAGACAAAUGGGGGCGGAGGGGGGGGGUCUACUGGUCCGAAUGCGUUGUGCAGAUAAUAAUCGCAUCUAAUACAUUGCGUGUAGCUCGGGGGGUCCUGUCGGACGCGAAUCGUGCUCUACGAAAAAAUACGCGUGGACCAAUCGGCAGAAGACAUUUCGCCACACUUCAGACCGGUACCGACCGAUGCGAUUGUAUUAUUGUUAUAAAUAACGAUUUUUCUCGUUUACAUUCCACUCGCGUUGUGUUAUUACCUCCUAGGUAUACAUUUUUACUUGCAUUGUUAAGAGUUUCGAAAUCUCUGUGCGUAAAACGUCUCCGUGAGCAUCCCCGCACGACUAUUAUAAUAUUAUCGGCUGUCGCUGUCCGUCUCUCGAUGGAGUUUGUUUUUGUUUUUUUUUUUUUUCAUGCGUAAAAUAAUACCAUUUCGUUCCUGUUGUACCUAUAUACAGGAUGGCUUCGUCGCCGGAAUGCGGUAGCAUGACUACGGAUAGCGGACAGGACCCGAACGACGCGGGCGACCGCGUCAAAGUCAAAGAAGAAAUGUUGGAUGACAAGAAGGACGUGCAGAUGGUACAGGGAUACGAAAACGGGACGGCGUCCGACAGCAAAACGGGACCGUCUUCGCCGUCGUCGGUUACGGCGGCGGCGGUGGCGGUAGCGGCAGCGGCGGCGGCGGCGGCUGCGCAGCAGCAACAGCAGCAGAGGCGUGAGUCGGUUGUAAUGACGAGCCCUUUGAGUUGCGUGGUCAAGUCGCCACCGCCGUCGCAUUCGUCGUCACCGUCGCCGUUGACUUGGUCGUCAACGGUAGCUCAGACGUCGUCGCAGCAGCAGCAGCAACAACAACAACUGCAUCAGCAACUCCACCACCAACACCAUCAGCAGCAACAACAUCAUCAGCAACAGCAACACCACCAGCAGCAGCAGCAACAGCAGCAGCAGCAGCAGCAACAGCAACAGCAGCAUCAGCAGCAGCAACAGCAACACCAUCAGCAGCAGCAAUCGCAGCAGCAGCAGCAGCAGCAGUCGUCCCGGUGCAACACCCCUUCCGCUCCGGACUCCAUGUCCGUUACCCAACAGUACCAGCAACGCAGGCAGUCCGUCGUCACUUCUGUAUCGUCAGCGUUUUGGAACGCGGGCACGCAAACGUCGCCCGCGUCCACCACGUCCGGCAAUACGGCGGCCGCUGCCGUCGCGGCAUCUGCCGCCGCGUCCGUCUUGUCUGUGUGCCGUAUAAAUGGCGUUCGGCCUGAGCUUAUCGGCGGCGCCGGAUUCGCGUCGGCCGCCGCAGCCGCCGCCGCGGCAGCCGCCACCAACACUGACAUGAAACCGCCGGCCGCCAUACCUCCACGAACCACUCGGUCUGCACCCACCGUUAUCAUGGGUGAAGCUGGUAAGUGCACAGCGCGUUCGAAUAACAUCCCUUCAUUUCGCGGCCCGUAAUUCUAAAACGUAUAUUCUUAAACGCCCAUUCCUAUCCAUUUCGCCGACAUCAGUGCCCAGUCCCGAAACAAAAAAAAUUCGCAUUAACGGUAACAUUUCGGUGUUUUGUCGCAUUUCGCAGGUGGCGUUCGGACGAUGAUCUGGUCCAGUCCGCCGGGUACCGUGGAACAGUCCACGUCGCCGGCCAGCACCUGCGGUGCCGUGCCGUCGACGGCCGGCUCGCCCUACUGGUCGUCCGCGUCCACGUGGACGUCCAACACGUCAUCCGGUUCUUCGCCUUCCCCGUCGCCAGGGGUCAGUGAAGAGUCAGCCGCCCAUCUUUUGUUGAACCUCGGCGUGGCCGCCGGCCAUGACGUCACGUCCGUCAUUAGCCAUAUGCCCGGUCUCAGGCCCAUCGGCGGUCAGCAGACGUCGGUGGGUGGUGGCGGCGGCGGAGGCGGUGUACAAGGUAACAUUGGCGCUGGUGGCCAACAGAGUUUCCACGUGCCGCUCAACAUGGAACGGCUAUGGGCCGGUGACCUAUCCCAGCUGCCGGUGGCUUCCACGCAUCAAAUGCAUGCGCUAAACCUAACGGCCAACACGGGCGCUGGAUGGCCGAUGGCCAGUCCCAACGGUGAUAACAAACCGGCGCCCGUCAACACGUACCAUCACCAGAUGGAAGAGGCCGACGAACAGGACCAACCAAUGGUGUGCAUGAUCUGCGAUGACCGGGCCACGGGCCUGCACUACGGAAUCAUCACUUGCGAAGGGUACGUACAAGUUAUGUCUAGACCAAAUUAAAGAAAAAAUAUUUAUCCACAUUUUGGGUAGCUAAAUAAACCUAUUGGUAAUUAUCAAAAAUAUUUAUCUACCCAUGGAUUUUUAACCCCGGCAUGUAAUUACCCUUGCAUCAUCCGUUUUGGGAACCCUGAUUGUACGAAAAGACUAAAAACUGUUUGUGCGCAUAUUUUUAAAUUCAGUGUGCACAACGAGAAUAAAGAGAGUCGUAGGAGAAUCGUGACAUAAAAUUAAAACGCAUUUUAUUGAAAUUUAUACUCGAUUAUUAUUUUUGUAAAUAAUUUUCUUUCUUCCUUUUUCUAACUUAGUAAGGCGCCAAUCGAGUUUUUUUUCAUAAAAUCAUUUUUCUUUAAAGGCACGGCGACGGACGGUGUUUUCGAUAAUAUUGUUCGCCAAUGUCCACUCGAGUAAGGUAGUCUUGCCGCAUAUUUUGCACUGACGAGGAAUUUUAUCGACUUCAAACGUUUUUGAAAAUAUUUUCUAGUCGUGCGUUAAAAUAGGAUUUGUGUGUAUACCACGAGAAAAACACACGACACCGCGCUGUCGCAAACUUAUCCACCGCGUAUGCGAACGUCAUUAUCGCGCCGUAACUGUAAAACCGUUAACGGUGUACGGUUCGCCUUGCUCAAGGACGACGACUUCUUUUUUUUUUUCUGUACACUACAAGGUUAUAUGUACCGAGAUAUUAUUACAUAGUAUUAUUUUUACUCGCACUGGUUUCCAUUCAUCCGACAGGAGUCGUUAACACUAAAAUACGCAUAAUACAGUUCGUUUUCCUAUUUUCGUACGCUCGAUGACCCGCAACCAUACGUGUAUUUUAUUAAUUCAUUUAUUAUUGGGUAUAUUUUUUUAAAUUUUAAUUCUCGUCCGUUUCGUGUACACAGAUGCAAGGGGUUCUUCAAACGUACCGUCCAAAACCGAAGGAUAUACACGUGCAUAGCGGAGGGCACUUGCGAAAUAACAAAAGCUCAACGGAACAGGUGUCAAUACUGCCGCUUCAAAAAAUGCAUCGGACAAGGAAUGGUGUUGCAAGGUAAGCGGAUUUCGCCGACGCAUUAAUAUUAAUUACAGUGAAGUUUUCAUCGACCGACGAAAACGAAAUUAUAAUCGUACGGGCGCGGUAAUUUUAACGAUUUAUACCGGACAAAAUGAAAUAUACGCCGGGCACUGUUUGAUUUUGAUGGUCAAUGUAGGCAAAAUUACGCAUUUCCCCGAACAUAUAAAUUGCCUGGGCAAUGUGAACCAUAUAAUAUAAUAUAAUAUAAAGAAUGUUAAGAAAUAGGUUUUUAUUAUUAUUAGACUAUAAACUAAAAUAUCGCUAGGUAUCGCUGUACAACAAUUAUUUGAUUAUUCAAAAAGAAUUACGAUUAUAUUUCACUAUUUGUUUGAACAAAUAGUUAAUUUGAACAGUUAUUCAAGUCUUUUUAAGCACAAUUACAUCUAUCAUAUCCUUGUGUUCCUCUACAUUUGAUAAUGUUCCCGUUGUUUCUAUAUUAAUGCAAUUUUUAGGUUGGGUACGUCCCCAACACCCAUUCAUUUUUUCUUUACACGUAGUAAACUGCAGGUUACGGCUAUACGACGCGUGUUCCAACUUUCCAUCGGUGGUUUCUGUCACAUAAUUGUCUUCGUAAACAAAAGAAAUAUUAUAAAAUAUUAAAAUAUGUAUUAUCGUAGUUGCAAUAUAUACUUAAAUUCAAGUAUUGCCUGAUAGUAUAACUCCAAGAACACUACGUAGAUCAAUAGCCACGGCUGCGUGCACUGGCUACAUCAGGUGUUUUGAUUUUAACGGUUUCUCCGAAUUUUCCAUAGCGUAACCUUUUUGUAAACGCUAAACCGCACAACACUACAAUUUGCGCGAUUGCGCUGCGACAAACGGCGCAACGCUGCACUUUGAUAAUAAUUAUCAUUACCGAUUCACACGUCUCGCGCAAUACGAUUAUGGAGUGACCCGCCAUUAAAUUUGUCUCGAGCUUUUAAGCCAUAAUUAUGUAAACGAAACAAUCGGAAUAGCGCGGACAGAAUACGUGCGCGUACCGGCUAGGACGUAUCACUACGGGCUAAGUAUAGUACACCUUAACCGGCCAAUGUAUUACCCUGUCCGGGUAAAGCGGCAUUUUAUUGUGUUGCCCAAAACCAUCGGGCAAAGUAUACAAUGCCCGGACAAUGUGCACAUUUCACGGUAUUCUAUUUUUUCCCGUAACAUAUAUUAUAAUUUUAUACGCAAUAGAAUUUCACGCAAUACAAACCGUUUUGUUUUCAGCCGUUCGAGAGGACAGAAUGCCGGGCGGAAGAAAUUCCGGUGCCGUCUAUAACCUGUACAAGGUAAAUACAAAAUACCACGCCGUGGCGUGUUUCUGUAUAAUGUUAAAAUUUCCGUCGUUCUAUUCCGAACGUGCCAUUAAUUGCGCAUAUUCCUAAUGGUUUCAGGUAAAGUACAAGAAGAAGAGGCCGCCGAAGAACGGACAAGUGAAAAUGGAGAAAUCUGUUCCGUCCAACACGACGGCCAGCACCAUGACCGCGAUGAAAACGGAGAACCAGGACAACAACUCGUCUAUUUCAACACUGGUCAACGGGACCAUACUAAAGACUGCCCUGACAAAUCCCAGCGAGGUUAGGGUCUUUUUUUUUUUUUUAUGUUCGUUUUCCGUUGUCCUCUCGACAAGCGAAUCUAAUUAACGAUCGACAAUAAUUCGCGCGUUUAUUUGCAUAACACGCAUAAUAUUUAUUCAUAAUGCACUGAUACAAUAUUGUUGUCCCCAGGUUGUUUAUCUCAGACAAAGACUAGACAAUGCGGUGAGCUCGUCGAGGGACCGUACGUUUUCGAUCGAAGCAACGGUGAACAUGAUCAAGAAUCUUGUGGACUGUGACGAGUUUCAAGACAUCGCCACUCUAAGGGUAUAUAAUAUAACUGUCAAAUAAUACAUACGGUUGUUAAGUAGGUAGGGUAGUGAUAUGUUAUUGUUAUCUCGAGGAUUGGCAAAAAAUUACACAAAAAAAAAAAUGUUAAACAAAUAUUAAACCCUCAGAUAUACUGUCUUUAUAUUUUACUCUGUCCGUUAAUAUUAUAUUAUAGCAUAGGCAAUUAGACAUACAUGUUGACUAUAUAAAUGUUUUUUUUUUUUUUUUUUUUUCAUAGAACAUGGAGGAUCUGCUUGAACACAAUUCCGACCUGUCGGCCAAACUCAUGCAGAUCGGCGAUUCGAUCGUGUACAAGCUAGUGCAGUGGACCAAGCGCUUGCCGUUUUACCUCGAACUGCCGGUCGAAGUGAGUAUCCGAUGAUCGCCGACGACGACGACGCGGACGUGUAUUAUUAUUCGACUAACCACCUGUUUCUCCGUGUUUCAGGUGCACACCAGACUUCUGACGCACAAGUGGCACGAGCUGCUGGUGCUAACCACGUCUGCGUACCAAGCGAUACACGGACCCCAGAAGAUAUGGAACUCGACCAAUAUCAACGGCGACCGGAACGACGAUUCCGAAUUCAACCAAGAGGUGUGUAUAUGAUAAUUACUCUAAUAAUGUAUACGUAUGUAUAUUUGCGGUCCCGACGAUGACGACGACCAUGUACUCACGAUUCCGUUCUCGUUACCCUCGCAGGUGUCUCAUAACCUGUGCAUAUUGCAAAAUUGUUUGUCGUCAAUGAUGGGCAAGCCCAUAACGAUGGACCAGCUCCGGCAAGACGUCGGGGUCAUGGUAGAGAAAAUCACGCACGUUACCCUCAUGUUCAGGCGGGUAAAACUGCGGAUGGAAGAAUACGUGUGCUUGAAAGUGAUCAUCAUGUUGACACAAAGUGAGUACCUAUAUAUAAUUUUGGAUACCUAGUCCUUUGUCGGUAUUCGUUCAAUAAAGGAACCGUGUACUAUACUAUCGUUUCGCGCACUUUCAGAUAACGGCAAUACCACUAGCGAAUUGGAAACCAUUCAAGAGAGGUAUACGUCUUGUUUGAAGACUUACGUCGAACAUACCUUUCCCAUGCAACCCAACAGGUUGCAAGAUCUCCUUCACCGACUCCCAGAGGUAAACAUUUUUAAUCAUUUUCAAUGAUAAUAACGGGAAAUUUUGUACAAAUUUUUGUUUUUUCAAUUCAUCAGGCGGUAUAUAUUAUAAAGUAAAUAGGUAUUUGAUUUUUGCGUCUUGUAAACGAAAUCAGUUUCCAAUACUUUUCGUUUAUUUUAAAAAUUCCCAUGUACGCGUGUGCGCCGAAAUUUAAAAAUACACCAUUGAAAAAUUAAAAAAAAAAAGACGAAAAAUUAAAAAUUGAAAUUUCACUUCGGCAUAAUGUAAAUUCUUUGUUGGAAAUUGAUAAAAAUGUCCUAAUUGAAAAGCAUUGUUCAAAAAAACAAUGCGUUUUUCAUGAAAUUCCUUUUUUGCCUACUUAUCAUAAUACGCGCCACGAUGAAUAACCCUCUCAAAAACGCCAUUGCUCUUGCGAUCCUCUCAAAAUCAACCCCUUUAUACGCGUCAUUAUGUUAUACAAAAAAGAGUGAAACUGCGAGAAGUUUCACGGCUGCAACAAACGCACAUAUUUUUUCCGAAUUCAGAUACCAGUCUUGGGCAAAUUAAUUUUCAUGUUCGUCACCUUAAAUUUGUACGUGAAGUUGCCUAUAGUUUACUUCUGAAACUUCUGAAAAGUUGUUAAUCUUUUAUCACUUUUUUUAGAAAAUUUGUUUUAAUAUUAAUUUAUAAAUUAUUUUAUAGGUAAGUACACUAUUUAUUAUAGAUAAACUUUUUAGAUAGGGCUUGAAACCGAAAAAAAAUGUCUAAUUUAAAUGUUCGAUUUCGUUUUUUUUUUUUCCGUUUCGGUUUUUAUUAAUAACACCGGUAUUAGUUUUUACAGUUUUGAUUUCGAUUUUUAAAUAUAUACUUGUAUACUAUUUUGAUUGUUCAACAAUAUAUUUUGAAUUCCCUUCACGCCUUUUUAAAAUCAAAUUUGUACGAAUCGUAUCGUUAUUGUCUAUCGUGUCAUCUGGAUUACAAUAAAUAUUGUCUUUUAUCUAGCCACACGAAAUCGUAUAUUGUUCAUUUUUCCCAACACGAUUGCCCAGUGCCGUCAAAUACCUAUUUUACGUAUACCUAUAAUAAUAACGAUAAUUACAUUAUACACCCGAGGUUAUUUGUUUGUUCGUCCGUUUAUUAAUUUGUCCCGCGCGUGUGUGUGUGUGUGUUUUUUUUUUUUUAUAGAUACAGUCGGCUGCUUCGCUCUUGUUAGAGUCGAAAAUGUUUUACGUGCCUUUCCUCUUGAAUUCGACGAUCCGGAGUUAG